CUCUAUUUACAUUCGAGCUGUUCCUCAGUCCUUUCCCUUACAAAUUUAGAUCUGAUUCUAUCUCUUCCAACACUCCUCCCAGACUUCCCAUCGCAGUAUUCCCUCCUACCAACCCUCCAAAAGCUCUCUCACAAUGGCACCCAAGGUAGCAAUUGUCUACUACUCGAUGUACGGGCACAUCAAGACCCUCGCCGAAGCCGAAGCCAAAGGCAUCCGCGAAGCCGGCGGCCAAGUCGACCUCUACCAGCUCCCCGAAACCCUGCCAACGGAAGUGCUCGAGAAGAUGCACGCCCCCGCGAAAGACGCCGCCGUCCCCACGCUCGACGACCCACAGAAGCUGCUCGAGUACGACGCCUUCCUCUUCGGCAUCCCCACGCGUUACGGCAACUUCCCCGGGCAGUGGAAGGCCUUCUGGGACAAGACGGGCGGCAUCUGGCAGACCGGCGGCUUCUGGGGCAAGUUUGCGGGCUUGUUUGUCGGUUCCGCGACCAUGGGCGGCGGGCAGGAGAGCACUGCUCUUGCGGCCAUGUCGACCCUCACGCAUCAUGGGUUGAUCUUUGUGCCGUUGGGGUACAAAACUACCUUUGCCUUGCUGGGUGAUCUUUCGGAAGUGCGCGGAGGUAGCCCUUGGGGUGCCGGCACUUUCUCGGGCGGUGAUGGCUCUCGUCAGCCUUCCGCAAAGGAACUCGAGCUCGCUACCGAGCAAGGCCGGUCAUUCUGGGGUCACGUCUCGAAGCACAACUUCGCGUGACUAGAUGGCAGUGCCGCUGGAAAGCCAAACGGGGAGGGGGAGACGAAGCAGGAGGCGAAUAAGGCCGAGCCCGCCGCGGCGGCGCCGGCCACUUCUCAACCGGUUGCACAACAGCAGAAGCCUGCGACGAGCACUCCUGCUGCUGCUGCACCCGCUGCUGCGAAUCAGGAAGAUGAGAGUAGUAAAGGACCGUGUGG